AUGAAGCGUAAACGUGGACAUAAGAAAGGAAAAUCAAAGGGUAGCACCAACCUUGUAGUCCUUAGAAAUGAAGAGGAUCAAAACAAUUCAGAAGCUUCUGGUUUUGAUGUUGGUAAUGAUAAUAAAGAAGAUAACUCUGGUAUGGAAGUUGACACGCCGUCUUCCACUGGUACAGAUCAGCGUAGCAAUCUUGCUAACGUGAAUCCCGAUGGUUUUGGCACGAAGUCGAUUGGACGUGUUAAGGUGAAGCUUAGGACACCAAAAAUGUUGGACUCUCAACCAAACUCGUCUGAUGCUCCUUCGCAAAGUGAUACUGAUAGGAGUAGUCAGCAACAUGGGCUGGAGAGACAUAGUGUGAAUGGCGAUAGAAUUGAAGAUAGUGUGAGUUCGUUGCCUCAUAUUAAGUUUGGUGCUUCGUCAAAGAAAGCUGGUAGCAUAAAGAUUAAGUCUUCAAAGGGUUUGGGAUUAAAUUCUGACCAGACAAGCAAGACUUUACCAGUUUCCUCGGAGAUUGCUGUCUACCUAAGAGAAAGGAAAGCACCUCCGGUUAAUCCCAGUUAUCAUAAGCAAGAAUUGGAUACCUCCUUAAUGAUUAUAAGGAAGGUAAUGAAAAUGGAUGCGGCUGAACCCUUCAAUGUUCCUGUUAAUCCGGAAGCUCUGGGAAUUCCUGAUUAUUUCGAUAUCAUUGAUACACCAAUGGAUUUUGGAACUAUAUGCAGCAACCUUGAAAAGAAUGGCAAGUAUAUGAAUUCGGAGGAUGUCUAUAAUGAUGUAAAAUACAUUUGGGAAAACUGCUAUAAGUAUAACAAUAAGGGUGACUAUAUCGUGGAUCUUAUGAGGCGAGUAAAGAAGAACUUUAUGAAGUACUGGACUGCUGCUGGGUUAUACACUGAACAGCCAAAAGGGACCAAAGCAGAAGAUAUUGCACUUUCUGGUGAUGGAAAAGUAGGGAAAAGUGGCCAGUUGAAGCAUAAGAAAAAAAAGGGUCAUGGAAGACACCAUAAACAUGAUUGUUUAUGUGCAAUUUGUGUGCUAAAGCGUCGUAGGAAAGAACGGGAGGAGAAUGACCGAAUUGCAAAAGGAAAUUUUGGGCCUGGUGGUGAUAAGCAUGUUAGAGAGAUCAAGCAAGAGGAAUCGAUACUUGGAGAUAGUCCCGGCGGGGAGGAUUCAUCUUCAAACACAGAUGAAACGGCGGGUACUGACGGAGAUGCUGAUGAAGACAAAGGAGACGUUACAAAGAUGGGGACUAGUGAGAAGCAUCGCAGCCCUUUUGAGGGAAGGCAUGAGGUCAAUGAAGUUAACGAUGACGAUGAUGAUGAUGGGAUGGAGGAAGAUGACCGUGGCCCAGAGAAUGCGGAAGAGGAGGAGGAAGAUGACGAUGGAGAAGAUGAGGAAGAGAUUGAAAUGGACAGUGAGAAGAGACAGAUGGAUGGAACCUUGGCAGAGAAAUCGGAACUUGGAGACAUAACCGGUCUUCAUGAUGAAUAUAAAGCGCAACUAGAAGGACAAGCAGCAGAGUUCCAACAACUCAAGAAGCACAAGGAACCCCAAAAUAGACAUCAAAAAGCUAAGCUACUUGAGAGCUUUUAUUCUGAAAAUCCCAUGCUUUCAAGUUUGUGUGGAACUCUCUUCCCCGAAAACAGCCAAUCUGUGUGGAGUGGUCCGCACUCGCUAAUACAUCAAAGAAAUUUGGCUCGCAGUAGUUCAAUCCACGCGGCUAUUAGGUCGUUCAUGAAGUAG